AUGAGGCUGGCGGUCGCCCUCAAGCCCUUCUCCCCGUUGCGGUGCUGCUACACCAUCGACCUCGAGAUCCCAAAGGAGGUCGUCCGGUCCCGCAAACUCAGCGUCUACGCCAAGUUGCUCGUCGAGUACGAGACCCCGCUCCAGCCGUACUGCUACGUGCCGACACGUCGCACCUUCAUGCCCAUGGGCAAUCGGUCGCCCGGGCUCGCGACUUACCCCGAGUGCCAGGCGAGGACCUGCAGGGCGUGCAAUAUCGCAGCGCACACAGGACCGUGCGCGUGCCGGCCCGCCGCCCGCCGCGAGCUCGAGGCCGAGGGGCAGCUUCUGAAGUUCGCCAAGUCCAAGGACUGGCGACGAUGUCCCAGGUGCUGCGAAGUAGUGAAGCAUAUAAUGUGA